AUUUCAGAGAAAAAAUAAAUAAUAAAAAUAAUACUUAAACAUUUAUAAAAAAAGGUAAAAACAAGAAACUGAAAACGAAAGAGACAGAGACAGAUAGACAUUACAUUACAGCGUAUAAAAGCAAGGCCACAGAACAACGGGAACCCUGUUCUUGCCUCUCCUGCCAACAAAUUUACCAUAGUUGAACUUGGGUUCUCUUCCUUCUCCCUACUUGAAGGUUUUUUUUUUUCUUUCCUUUAAGUUUAGGUUUCACAGAGAAAUUUGGCUCCUUUCUGGUUUUUUUUUAUUACCUUGAGAUGGCCAGAAAUGGAGCCGUUACAUGGCGGAGGAGGACGGAGAAGAUUGACGGCUUCGAUCUUUCACCGACUGAUUCUGAGGAAGUCUAUCGUUGCGUCGAUGAUAGCCACGUUGAUCGGAAAGUCAUUGAAAGGUUGCUCAGAAUUCCUCUUGCAAGAGUGACGGCAGUGGAUAGUGGAAGGAGAGCUUUGCAAUUUCUGGGAUUGGAUGAGGAGAAAAACAGUAAUGGUCUUGAUGGUCUGAAGGUUGAUCUGAUUAUCACUGACUAUUGCAUGCCUGGAAUGACUGGCUACGAAUUGCUCAAAAAAAUUAAGGAAUCUUCUGCUUUUAGAGAAAUCCCGGUAGUAAUCAUGUCAUCUGAGAACGUUUUAGCUCGAAUUGACAGAUGUUUAGAGGAAGGAGCAGAGGAUUUCAUAGUGAAGCCGGUGAAAUUAUCAGAUGUUAAACGUAUAAAAGAUUACAUGACGAGAGAGUUCAGAGUGGGUGAAGGAGAAAGAGGAGGAGGAAUCAACAAGAGAAAGCUGAGAGACAGCUGUGAUCUUUCCUCAUCGCCACCGUCCACUUUGUCAUCAUCACCGGUAUCACCAGCAUCAUCUCUAUCAUCACAAUCUCCAUCCCCAACGCCGUCAAUUCUAUCAGCAUCAGCACCAUGUUCGCCCUCAUCACUAGAUUCUCCCACCAGACGUCUCAAAAUGACAAGCUCUGAAUAGAAAUUACGUGAUUUUUAUCAGGAGCCCAUGCCAAGCCCCCCUUCCACCCGCAAUUCUCCGUUAGUAUUUCAACGGUUUUGUUGCACUUUGCAAUCAAUUAAGGCCCUUCCCCUCCAUUUUACCCUCUUUCUUUUUCUUUUUUUUUUGUACUAUUUUUUGUUAAUCUAUAACGUGACAAAAUCGAGUUACGAAUCCUAACUCUGAUCAACUUAGUCUCUUUUAUUUAUUUUUAAUUUCUUUAUAUUUUACCUCUGUAUAUGAAUGAAGCCAGUUCAGAUGGGUUUGGGGAUUUUGAAUUUGAAAUAAAAAAAUAAUACUGGUAGUAAUAAUAAUAUGAUAUGAUAUGAUAAGGUGGAGGGCAUGAUCUUGUUGUCUGCUAGAGAGAGCAGGGAAUAUUUGGAGGGGGAUAGGACUUUGGGAGAGUGUUGGGAAUGAGAUGGAGAUGUUCCCUGAACAAGGGGCUACGUAGGAGUGGGGAACUGCCAGUGUUGUCUGGCUGUCUCUCUGAGAGCGGUAUUUUGCUUGCAUAUGCUCGGCUGUCAAGGGGGACCUAAUCCCCAGUUACUUCCAUACAACUAUUGGACAUAGCUGAUACUGUAAAGAUCUUGGACCCUACGUCUGGAUUGGUUGUGAGACUUUGAUUGUUCAUACUUCAUACGACUUCUAGCAUGGGAGAGAU